ACAAGGAAAGCCAAAUCUUCUUUUUUGCUGCUCUGCUUUCUCUGGGCUGAGCACGUGUAAAACAGCUGCCUUUUCCCUGUAGAAGCCUUCUGAAAUCUUCAGCCGAGACAGAAGACUGUACUGUGGUCCACAUUUUCUCUCUUACUCCAGACCAUCUGGACCACCAGAUUCACAUUACACAGAUAAUCUGCCCUCAAAACCCCGUGGUUUGGCUUUGUAAUCCAUCCUGAAUUUGAAAAGACAGCUUUGGAGGCAGAAGUAACAUUGCAGACUCUGCUCAAGAUGUGAGACCUACUGAAUGGAGAAUCCUGGGGAGGCUGCAAGAAAGAGAUGUAGAUCUGGAGAAGACCUGAUGUUGGAAAAGCACAUGGAGACUCUCCAGGCCUGGAGCGGUGCUAGCACAGAGCUCGUCCCCUGGGAAAGACUGCCUGACCUCCUCCUUGUGGAAGGGCUGACCGAUCUCCAGCAGAGGCAGCAUGAUCUUGUGCAGAUCGAAACCACCAAAGGCGUGCGAAAUGCCUCCAAGAAGAUCCCUUUGGAGAAGCUCUUUCUACCCCUGUCCAAACUGAGCAUCCCUCCACGCAUCUCUGUGACUAUUGGAGUUGCCGGCAUUGGCAAAAGCACUUUGGUAAAACUCUUUGUCCAUUUGUGGGCAAAGGGAGAGAUUGGCAAGGAUUUUACAUUUGUGUUGCCUCUCACAUUUCGAGAACUGAACACGUAUGAUAAACUCUCGGCCGAGAGGCUGAUCCGGCUGGCAGCCCCACACUUGACUGACCCACACUCGCUUUCCCUGGGCUCAGCCAGGGUACUCCUGGUUCUGGAUGGACUGGAUGAAUUUAAGACUCUGCUAGAUUUUUCCAACACUGCUGUUUGCACAGAUGUUCGAAAGGAGAUCCAAGUGGACAGCUUGAUCACGAACAUCAUCCGAGGCAACCUGCUACAAACGUUUUCCCUUUGGAUCACUUCCCGGCCCACAGCAGCCAGCCAAAUCCCUGGCGGCCUAGUGGACUGCAUGACUGAAGUACAGGGCUUUGGCGAUGAAGACAUCAAAGGCUACCUGGAUCGCAUGUUCGUUGAGAACCAAAGCCUAGCAGAUUGUGUGAUGCAUCAUCUUAAGCUCAACAGAUCUUUAUAUAUAAUGUGCACCGUGCCAGCAUUUUGCCGGGUCUGUGCCUCUUCUAUUGGCUACUUUCUAAAAGCAGCUGACCAUGCUCCAGACAUGUCAUCUGUUCCUAAGACUUUGUCAGAAAUCUAUUCCUACCACUUUAAAAUGCUUCUGUGUGGAGACUGGCCCGGAAAACCAAAGGAAGUUCUCAAGAUAGAACAGGUGGUGAAUAACUGCAAGAAGAUGAUGAGUUGUUUGGGCCGACUGGCCUUCUACAGCCUGAUCAAGAGAAAAUACAUGUUUCACGAGCAGGAUGUGAAGGCCUAUGGGGUAGACCUCUCUUCUCUUCAUCUCAGCUUGAGCAGCAGACUCUUGCUUAAGGAAGAGACUUCCUUUUCCACCAUUUACCAUUUCCCUCACUUGACAUUUCAGGAAUUUCUGGCAGCUAUCUAUUAUUUUACUUCAGCCAAGAGAUCCAUUUUCGAUCUCUUUGUGGAGAAUGGCAUGUCUUGGCCAAAGCUGGGUUUCCUGAACCACUUUAAAAAUGCUGUCCAGAGAGCUCUCCAGUCUGAGGAUGGGCACCUGGACAUUUUUGUGCGCUUCUUGGCUGGCCUGCUCUCCCCACAGGUGAACAAAGCCCUGGCUGAUUGGUUCCUGGUGCGAGAUGAGCAGCACAGCUACCAAAGCCAGGCGGUCACACUUCUGCAGGGCCUGCUGGGUGUGGACCAGGCAGUCUCCUGCAGGACUGUCAACCUCAUGCGGUGCCUGCACGAGAUCCGCUGCACGGAGGUUGCCGCGAACGUUGAGGAGGCGAUGAAGAGCGAGAGCUUGUCCGGGAUGCUGACUCCAGCCAACUGCUCCGCCCUGGCCUACCUCCUGCAGACCUCAGAGGUGUGUGCGGAGGAGGCGAACCUGUCCAACUGCCUCACCCAUCAUGCCUUCCAAAGUCUUCUCUCACAGCUCCUCUACUGCAACAAUCUCAGGCUGGACUACAACCAGUUUAAAGACAGUGCCAUGGACCUGCUGGGCAGCGUGCUGAGUGGAAAGGACUGCCAGAUCCAGAAGAUCAGCUUGGCAGAAAACCAGAUUGGAAACAAAGGUGCUAAAGCUCUUGCCAGGUCCCUGAUGGUUAACAGGAGCCUGAUGGCACUGGAUCUUCGAAGUAACUCCAUAGGAUCCCAAGGAGCAAAGGCACUUGCAGAUGCACUAAAGAUCAACCAAUAUUUGCUUUCUCUGAACCUCCAGAACAACAAGAUCAAGGAAGACGGCGCAAAAUGCCUGGCCAAUGCUGUGGCCCACAACCACACGCUGAGGACGCUGAACCUCCAGAAGAACUCUGUGGGACCCCAAGGGUCUAAGGAAAUAGCGGAUGCACUCAAGAAGAAUUGGAACCUGAAGGAGCUAAUAUUGUCCAGCAACUCUGUUGGAGACGCAGGCGCUGCAGCCCUGGCAGAAGGACUGAGGGCGAACCACACCCUCCUGCUGCUGGAUCUCCAGAGCAAUUCCAUCAGUGACACCGGGAUCACCGCGCUCACGCAAGCCCUCUGCUCCAACAAGGGACUCUCCACCCUCAAUUUGCGGGAGAACUCCAUAAGCAAAGAGGGAGCUCGACAGAUCGCCAGAGCCCUUCGAGCUAACAGCACGCUGAGAAAUUUGGACUUGGCCGCCAACCUGCUGCACGAUGAAGGUGUCCAGGCUAUUGCAAUGGCACUGAAGGAGAACCAGGCACUGGAAUCUCUGCAUCUGCAGUGGAACUUUGUUCAGUCCAUGGCGGCAAAGGCCCUGAGCCAAGCACUGCAGCUCAACAACAGCCUCACCCUCCUGGAUUUACAGGAAAACGCCAUCGGGGACGAAGGGACUGCGGCCCUGGCUUCUGCCCUGAGGGUGAACGCCACGCUCACUGAUCUCUACCUCCAGGCAGCACUGGUCGGCGAGAGUGGGGCCAGAGCCUUGGGAGAAGCCUUGGCUAUUAACAAAAGACUCGAAACGCUAGACUUGAGGGGAAACACCAUCGGAUUGUCAGGAGCCAAGGCCAUGGCCAGUGCCCUGAAAGUCAAUGGCACCCUUCGCAAGCUCAACCUCCAAGAGAACGCUCUGGGCAUGGACGGGGCCAUCUGCAUUGCCACAGCCCUGACAGGGAGCCACAGCCUGACCUACAUCAACUUACAAGGAAAUCGAAUUGGCGAGUCCGGAGCCAAAGUGAUUGCUGACGCCAUCAGAACAAAUGCCCCCGACUGUGUUGUAGAGACGUGAGGAGGGCUCUGCUGGAGGUGGUCGGGGAGCUCGGAUGCUGCAUC